CUCCGAACUCGCUUUCAGGCAUCAGCAAUUGACCGGACAAUCGUGACCAUUCACAAUGUUUCCAGUCAGUCCCUCUGAACAUUGGACUUCCCUAUGACACGGUAUGUCAUAUUUGAUACCCUCCCAACUCUGCGCGGGCCAGAGAAGAUGAGAUGGCCUCUCCAAUUCGGCCAGGAUCCUCGGGAACCUAUGCCUCACCGGUAGCCACCUCACCUACGACCGAAUACCCUUUUCCGAGCAUUUCGCAAAGACAACACGGAGGUCCAAGAGGUGGCUUGCGCCGCGGAUCAACGUCAAGUUCAAUUGCGAGCACCCUCGACACGGCUUCACUCAACAAUGCCCCAAUAACGGAGACUAGUCAGAAUGCCAUCUCAACACUGCUGCAACACCCGAUCAUUCACACAGGCCUAAGAACAGCCACUGUUCCUUCCAACUCUGGCUACAAGGCUCCCACACCGCGCGAUAUCCCUCCUGUCGCGCUCACGAACAUCCCCCACAUCGAAGCCAAGGCGUUCCAUCCUUACCUGUCGCAGGUUGGCUCGCUGUAUGAAGCGUUCCAAAGAGCAAAGAUUGAGGGCGAAGGGGAGACAUCAUUGUUCCACCGAGACAAGAGGAACACCAAGAAUGAAGAGUGGGAGGUUAUUCUUAGCAAGCGACUGCAGAGACCCGGGCAUUCACGGGCGAGCUCAAUAAGUUCAACGACAUCGAUUCCGUCAGAGGCGCCUCAGCCGAAAAAGAGACAAAGUGGCCAACGGCGUCAGGUGGUUACGCCGUUGUCGACGAUCCCCGCCGUCUACACGGAAGAAGAUUUCCAUCUCGAGAACCCGAGGACGUUUGAUAUCGUCUCUGAGAACUCGGAGAUCGUCCGUGACCCCAGCGGAACUCCUACUGGGAGGAAGUCUCUGGCUACAAAUGCGAUUCUGCAAGAGAAGUUAUCGUGGUACAUGGAUACGGUCGAGGUCCACCUAAUCAACUCGAUAUCGACGGCGUCGAAAUCAUUCUUCUCCGCACUCGGGUCUCUCAGGGAGCUGCACAAUGAGGCUGCUGAUUCGGUAGAUCGAAUUCAGAGGCUGCGGAAGGAGCUGGCGAGACUUGACAAGGAGAUGGCUAUCGACGGACUGAAAGUCGUCAACCUGAAGCAGCGUCGUGACAACGUUCGUCAGUUGGCGCAGGCGAUCAUGCAACUUGAGGACAUUGUCAAAUCCGUGCAAACAUGCGAAGACAUGGUUAAAAAAGGCGAAAUUGAUGAAGCAUUGGAUCGAUUAGAUGACGUGGAGGCCUUAAUGGCUGGCAGGGAGAGCAGAUCUCUCAAUGCAGACCAACAACCCCGUUAUCAGAUACGUGAUCUACGAAGAAUCAAAGCCCUUGAGGGAGCUUUCGAUGACCUGAAUCAAUUGCGUCAGCGGGCUGGUCGGGGAUACGAGGCCCGAUUUCACAACAGCCUGCUCAGCGAUAUCAGACGGCAUGUGGAGCACACGGAGACCAGCAUGACCCUUCAGAGGUGGGGGGUCGCCUACACAAGGCCCAAGCCGGGCCAAAGGAGAGCACCUUCUGCGUUCCCCGGCUAUAUGAAUAUUGGACCCGAGCUGCGGGAUGAACUAGAGGCUGAGAUGAGAGGCUUAUCGAGGGCCAGGUAUACCACCCCGGCGGCUACUAGUUUCAGAGCAAUCGUCCUGAGGGAGAUGAAGAGCAUGAUUCGGAAGCAGCUUCCGAGUUCCAACGAUGAUGACAACGUUUCUACAGUCUCCGCCUCAACGAUGGGUGGAAGAAACAUGAGCCAGCAAGAGAAGUCGUCGAUCCUGGCUCGAAAUCUGAGAGCCUUGGACGCGCAGGAUUGGUAUCAGAUGCUUGCCACCAUUUAUACAAAUAUCAGCGAAGGCCUGCGCCGACUCAGCGUGCAAGUCAAAAUUUUGCUCGAUAUCACAAGCAACCUGCCAGACCACAUGAUCAAAUCGCCUCCGAGAACUCCUGACCCUGCAAGUAUUGAUAGAGUGAUGAGCCCUCCGACAGGCCGAGCUCGAGCUACCAGUUCCGUGCAGGCAGAAAUGCAGCAAGUUCUGGAUCUGUCCAGUCUUUUAGGAGAAGGCGUGGACCUUGCACAAGCGCAGAUCACGAAAGUAGUCAGAGUCCGAUCACAGCAGAAUUCGGAAUUGCCAUUGUCUGAUUUCUUGAAAUACUUCACGCUCAAUAGACUAUUCGCCGAUGAGUGUGAAGCGAUAUCUGGCCGCAGUGGUACGGGGCUCAAAAGCGUCCUCGACACCCAGAUCAAGGAUUUCGUCGCGCGAUUUGCAGACUCUCAGAAGCAUGAGGUGAUCAAGGUGAUGGACGCCGAUAGAUGGGAUGCCAGAGAUUUCGGCGAGCGUGAAAAUGAGAUUCUCACUCGGGUCAUGGAAGGCAGUACCAACGACGCUCUUCCCUGGGUCGAAAGUACCAUGAUCUGGCAGCCUUCAACCAAUGGCGCUGAGACAAGUAACGGUGCCGCAACGAACGGGACGGCUGCUGCAGGCGCAAAAGUGCGCAGCGCUGUGAUCGAUGAACAGAAGUACAUACUUCCAGAGUCAGCCAUUGCUAUGCUACGAUCCAUGGAAACUUUCCAACAUCUCGCAGCUGGCAUCCCGAGUAUGAGCACUGAGGUAGCGACUUCGUUGCUAGAAAGUCUCAAGUUGUUUAAUUCACGAAGCUCGCAGCUGAUCCUGGGAGCCGGUGCCACGAGGAGUGCAGGACUGAAGAACAUCACGACAAAACACUUGGCGUUGUCGUCCCAAGGGUUGAGCUUCAUCGUCGCACUCAUACCGUAUGUGAGAGAAUUCUUCCGCCGCCAUCUCCCUUCCUCGACGGCUUCACAAGUUAUGACCGAGUUCGACAAGGUCAAGCGUCUGUUCCAGGAACAUCAGAACGGCAUACACGAGAAGCUUGUCGACAUCAUGUCCGGGCGAGCCUCGAUGCACGUCAAGGCGAUGAAGAACAUUGACUGGGAAGAAGCGGCCAAGAACACGGCCGUGCAUGUGUCGCCCUACAUGGAGACGUUGACGAAAGAAACGGCCACCCUGCAGAAAGUGCUGGCCAAGCAUUUACCGGAACCUGUGGUUGCGGGGAUUAUGAUGCCAGUGUUUACAAGUUACCGCGACCAGUGGACGAAUGCGUACAGAGAUGUCACUAUCAAGUCCCUCAAGGCCAAGGAAAGGUUACUAGCUGAUGCAUCUUUCUUCAACCUGCGAAUCAGCAAGAUCGACGGCUCGGGAGAUCUGGGCGAGCACAUCGUGAAACUCGUCCAGGGAAAGCCAGUGGUUAGCAGUGCAGCAGCGGCACCACCACCACCCUCAUCGCCAAUCCCACCAUCUGAAGCCCCUGCCACGGCAGACGAGGGAGAACCGAAGCAGGAAGCCGCGCAAGAAACCCGAGAGAAGAAAGCCGAAGCAGCAGAGAAGCAGGAGGAUGCCAAGGCAUAGAACUAUACCUAGUAUAGCCCAGGUGGUGCAGCUACGGGACCAGAUUUCGCCCAAUGGAUUAUCUGUGAGGGUGGCUCUGUGGGACGAGAUAUAACUUGGCCGGGAAACUAGAUUGGUGUUGAGUGUGCCGUUGGAGCUGCGUUCGAACAGCCACGAUUUUUCAAGGAUGCGGCGUGUGCUUGUUUGAUGUCGCGUGCCUCGUGCCUCAUGGUUGUCUAUGCGUCGUCGUACCAAGCAAGCGUUUUGAGUAGAUAUAGCAACAUGCUCUUAUAUUCUCAUUGGCAGUGAGCAAACACACACAGUUCCCC